AUGAGUGAAUGCGAAGGAUUCAAUCUAGUCAUUGAUUCAGCAUAUCAAAUAUUUUGUCUUCUGAUGAAGGAAGAUGUACAACAGUCCGAAACAAGACAUCUUCUAAAGAAGACCAUUCUGAUGUCUGGACGUAAACAACAUUUGAAAAAUUUCAACUGUUUAGAGCGAAGUUUUGCUUUUGAAACAUUCAGGAAUCGACGUCCAUCUCAUCCUGAUGACGUAUUGAAAUCAUUUAACUCUUCGUCCAUCACGGAUUGUCUAAAUGAAUGUCUACAUACAGAUAGUUGCUUAUCAGCUGUUUUUAAUUCGAAGGAUUCUGUUUGUCUUCUCUCCAGAAUCUCUAUCAACUACGUUUAUAAUGUGAGGAAAACCUUCAUUUAUGAUGAAAAUUAUGAUAUUUAUGAGAAUAAUUGCUUUAAAGUGCCUAUUAACGAAGGAGCUUGUUCAUGGAUGAGAGUUAAAUAUGGAGGGAUUCCUGAUCUCUUUGAUUCUCAGCAAACAGCUCAUCAUGUUGAUCAUUGUGAACAGCUAUGUCUCCAGAGAUCACAAACAUCAGAUAUCUGCAGGUCUUACACAUUCGACCAAACAAGGAAUCUAUGUUUGAUGUCAUCGAGUAAUUCUCGGAUUAUGGGAAGAAGUCCAUUGGAAUUUCAGAACAAAAAUUAUUUUCACGGAGAUUUAGAUGAUUGCAUGGAUCUUUCGCUUAAAUGUCGUUUGGAGCAUUUGGAUGUUGAAGGAUGGACUUUAAGACAAUUCUCAGGAAAUUUGAAAACUAAGCGUUCCCGCGAUGUUAUAUGUCAUUCAGAUGUUAAAAAAACAUUCCGAUUCUCAUCGAAAUUCGAUUAUGAAUCUUGUGGAUUGAACAGAGUUAAAGAACCAAUCGACGCUUACCAUGGAUCUAUUCAUUUGAAAGAAGGAAGCACUUCACUAGUUACAGUCAGAGAUAAAGUGCUACAAGUUGAAUGUCGCAUACAUCCUCAAAUCGAGAAGUAUGAUAGAGUGUUAUCAGUAAACAUGAAUGUUUCUGAUUCUGAGAACUCUCGUCUGUUAUCUGAAAAAGUGAUAAUACUUCCGAAGCUUAACGAGAAUCCAGUUCCGAAGUUCAGCUUGUCAGUUUUAUCAGAAAAUGGAAAGGCUGCCGAUAAAAUUCGAAUUGGAGAGAAAGCCUGGUUAAGGAUUCGAAUGAACUCUAAAGAGCCUUCAGGCUCUUUUCUGGUGACCAAGGUGAUCGCUAAAGAGAUUCUGACAAACAGAACGAUGGAAUUAGUUGAUUCAGAAGGAUGCGUUUCUGUCAAUGAAAGCGUAAUCGAUUUCAUUCAUUUAAAUAAUUCAGCUCCUGCAAUAAGCUUCCGCCUGAACGUUGGAGCCUUCAAGCGAGAGUCUGAAUUAAUAUAUCAAGCGUAUGUGGUGGCUUGUGACAAGAGCUGUCAACCUAGCUGCAACAAACAUUUGUUUGAGCAGAAAGCAACAGCUUUAAUAAGUUCACCCAUUGCAAUAGUUGAACGGCAGAAAAGGUCAAUAACAGCUCGUCAAAUUGAACUUUCACAAGAUAUAUAUAAGGUUUAUGCAAAUAAGCUGCAUGUACUUGGAUCAUCUGAUGAUACGAUAACAUCAGAGCAUGUCGAAAAGAUAUCAUAUAAUUCACUUGAAUUUUCUGUUCAACGUUGUUUUGUUGAUGAUGUCACAUGUCUCUUUACGGCUUUACUAGGAUUUAUUCAGCUUUUCCUAUUCGUUGCUUGCUUUAUCAGCAUGUAUUGCUACUAUAUGCAAUGGCGACGAUAUCAAUUAGCUCGAAGCUCAAUGAAUCAGAUUCAAAUACAACAAACGCUCAAAUGA